AUGACAGUGUCUACUCAAGAAAUGUCAAACUACAAUUAUAUGAAUUGCAUAAGAAGAUCAGUUUGGAAUGAAAAAGCUUCUAAUCCAAAACUGAUCGAAAUGGAAUUAAAAUCCCAUAAAGCUACGAUUAAUGAAAAUGCAUCUACGAUUUUCUCUAAACUGGUUGAAAAUGAAGCAAACACAAAGAUAUCCAUGAAGUGCUUUAAAUCACAGCCUGAAAUUACUUAUCAGAUGAGAAGCCUUAUUUUUGACUUUAUCAUGUGCUGUCACAUCAGAUUGAAACUUUCAACCCCAACUUUGUUUUUAAGUUUCAACAUUAUCGAUAGGUACUGCUCUAAAAUUAUCGUUAAAUCGUCUACGUAUCAACUAUUGGGCUUGUGCUCUUUAUGGCUGGCUUCCAAAUACACCGAUAAGAAGCAAAAGAUUCCCUCGUUACCCACCUUGCAGAGUCUUUGCUGUGAUCAAUACACCAAAGAACAAUUCAAGGAAAUGGAAUUGCACAUCUGCCAAAGUCUCAAUUGGACUAUGUGCCACGGGCCUAGCUUAGAUUCCUUCUUGGAUAUCUUAAUUAGAUCAAGAACAUUCCAAAAUGAAAACACGGAUUGUGUCGCUAUGAAGUUGGGUGCGCUAAUCCUUUCACAAUUGGUCUGUUUCAAUCUAUCGAUCACUUUCAACCAUUCUCCAAGCUCUAUAGCUUUGGCAUGUCUAUUCAUUACUAAGUUUUCUUUACUAUCAUCUAGAUUCAACACUUUUAUGAAUUUUGAGACCAUGGUCUCUAACGAAAAAUUAGAUCCUCAGUUAGUGACUCUGAUGAAAACUAUCUUGGAGAGUAUUAAUGAGAGCGAAAUUCCCUCUAGUUUCAGGCUAAGGUAUUACUCCAAUGACGUUCAGCACCCAGUUAUGAAGUGUCUAUUUAGCUACAAGGCCUCUUGGACAGAACACUUGUCCAGAAACGCUGUCUACUCUACAUUAUUGUCUCCUCUAGUUCCUGAUUUCAAUCAAGAGACAUCACCAUCAUCAAAGACCCAACAAAUGGACUCCACUAAAUGGAUGCAAAUUCCUCCUACUCCAAGUACUACUCCAUCUACUCCAACGUUUUCCAAAGCUACAAAACCUGCCGCAUCAUUGUCGCAUAACGGCACCGGUCUCUCCUUCAGAAGACACUCUAAAAGAGACUCUUCACUUAUGGAUAUAGACUUCUUUGAAGAAGAGACAAUACAAUAUGCUAAGAAAGGGAGAGUAGGUGAAUGCUAA